AUGGCUGUCACAUCCCGUGGGCUGCCAGAUGACUCUGGUCCGCGGCUAUUACGCGAAAUUUGGGCUCUUACAGCGCUCAGUAUCCUUAUAGUCACUUUGAGGGUGAUUGCCAAAAUCAGGAUUCAGAAAUUCGCUUGCGAUGACAUUCUCAUGACAUUGGCAUUGCUCUGCGCUAUAGUUGGAUCGAGUCUGAUCACAAUCGGCAUCAAAAGUGGGUUUGGUCAACACGUAUGGGAAAUUCAACGCGAGAUUCCGACAGUCAUAAUGUAUGACUACUUAGCGCAAACAUUCGGUAUCAUCGGGGGAACGCUGGGUCGCAUCGCUUUCAUCGUCUUCAUCGUCGCAUUACUCGGUACCAGAAGGCUAUACCGAGCUAUUUUGUGGACAUUGGCUGGAAUUCAGCUGGUGACAAACCUGGUGCUGGUCAUCAUACUCUUCGUUCAAUGUCCAGGGCAUGCUUCGGCUAUAUGGGCACCAAGUGGCGAGGACAACUGUUGGGAUGUUCGUGUUCAAGCAUAUUAUGGAUAUUACCAAGGCUCUUUCAAUUCAGCAACAGAUCUGUAUUUGGCGACUUUCUCGACAUGCAUAUUCUGGAAUCUCAAUCUGAGACUCCGAGCCAAGCUCGGAUUAGUCGCAUUACUCGGCUUGGGCGUCUUUGCAAUGAUCGCUUCGAUAAUAAAAGUUGCCGAAACUCGAGUCUUCGCACACCCAGAUGAUGAUCCAACCGUCGCGACUGUGAGCUAUGAUCGAUGGCUAUUCAUAGAAACCUACCUCGUCAUCAUCACUGCAUCCAUACCUUGCAUUCGAUCACUGUUACGCUCCUCCGACGAGCGGUACACCGCCUCUGGACGAAGUGUAUACGAGCUCAACUCGGUCUAUGUUGAAGCGUCUUUGCCUGACUCUAGACGGAUAACACCGAGCACACCUAGAAAGGCAGAUGCACGCAUUUCCGAUGGAACCGAGAGCAUAGAUGAGAUUCUACAAUGGAACGACGAUAUCGAACAUCUGGACGGGCAAUCAGCGUCCAUGAAGUCGACUCGCAUUCACGUUUAA